AUUUGGCGUCUUUGGCGAAUCGCCUCGUAGCGAAGCCAUAAAAAAAGAGAAGAAGAAGAAUAUUUUGGUUAGGUUAGGUAUUUUUAUAUAUUUCUUUUCUUAUAUAUUAUAUAUAAUAUUACUUUUGUAAAACUGUAGUUAAAAUGGAUACAACUGAAGAUUCCCUUAUUUUACAGAAAAAGCUCUAUUUUUUAUUAGAACAACUUCAGAAUAUGGCUAAAGAUCUCCCACCUAAAUAUCAAAUGAGGCUGCCCUGUGAGCUACUAUCAAGCUUAGCGAAUUGUUUACUUAACGAGACAGUAUUUGAAAUAGUGAAGGGCCUUUUAGAAAUUCAACAUGUUACUGAACAACAUUUAUAUCAACAGAGAUUGCAAUUUGUUCACCAGAAAAAAAGUACCUAUCGUCACAAAAGUCGACAGCAGCCAAUCCGUUGGUAUACACAAGAAGUCUACAGCAGUACCAUUCGACAUCAAGAAGUUACCAUCGAACCAGAUAAAUACCAAAAGCCAUACAUAAGUAUAAUCUGCAAAUUGUUAGUUUUGGCAAGAAUUUGAAUAUAUUUGUUAAUGCAGUUAAUAAGUCAUAUUUCUAUUAUAU